CCUGUCCAGCCUUUCAUUGAACUGGCAGCUUCCAUCCCCGGGUUCAAUACCUUUUUCAUUGAAACUUUUUACGCGAGUCGUCUCUUUUCUGAGUGAAGUAGAUUUCUCGUUAGUUCUGAUUCCCAAAGUUGAAACUGGUGGCUCUCACAAAGGCUUCGCUCUCCAACAACCGCCUCGAACCCAGCAUCUUGAACCCUAUAAGUAGGUGACAAUGUCUUCCCUGGCAUAUAUAGCUAUAAGCCUGUUAAGUGCUAUUAUGCCUCUUGUUACUGCCGAUGGAUCCCCGGAUAUCCUCCAUCGAGAUGUUGUGGUUAUCGGCGGAGGUGCUUCCGGUGCCUACGCUGCCGUGCGGCUGCGCGAUGACUUCAACAAGUCCAUCGCAUUGAUUGAGCAACAGAGCAUCCUGGGCGGUAUGGUCGACACUUAUGUGGAUGAAAAGACCGGCGCAACGUAUGACUUUGGUGUUCAGAGCUUCCUCAACGUGAGCAAAGCCAAGGACUUCUUCGACCGAUUCGAUAUCUCAGUCAGCAGUAAUUCGAGCAGUCCCAUGCUAAUCACCGAGUACAUCGAUUUCAAUACCGGCGCCGAAGUCGCUUUUCAACCCCCAUCCCUGACGGCGCAGAUCACAGCAAUCGCCAAAUUCCUCGACGUAAUCAAGCCAUGGGAGUCUAUGCUGCAACCCGGAUACUGGAACUUUCCUGAUCCUGACAGCAUACCCGAGGAUCUUCUGAUUCCAUUCGGGGAAUUCUUAACCAAGUAUGGCCUCGAAGACGGUGCACCUAUCAUCUACUCGACCACUGGUCUUGGAGUGGGCAAUAUGAGCGAAGUGGCUACUAUGUUUGUGCUGCAGAGCUUUGGCUGGGACAUGGCACGAGGGUUGACGGGUCAAAUGGGCUUAUUCACACCUACUUCUGGGGGUAACCAGGCCCUCUACAAUGCCAUUGCCAAGGACCUGGGUGAUGAUGUGUUGUACACGAGCACCGUGAUUAACAGUCGCCGCACCAACUCCGGUGUCAAUAUUACUGUCCGCAAUCAUAAGACUGGAAAGAUAACCCAAAUUGUCGCACGUCGGCUCCUCGUUGCCAUUGAGCCUACUGACGAUAAUGUGGCUCCUCUGGAUCUCAAUUCAUUUGAGCGAGACACCCUAGCCAAAUUCACCUACUCCAACGAAUUCACGGGCCUAGUCGACAACUCCGUCUUUAACGCGAGCUAUUACUACUUCAAUCUGCCCUCAUCCGCAGCGCCAAACCAUACCCUCGUCUUCCAGGAUGAGCCUAUGGUCGCAAACUUCGAGUACACCGGUCUCGAGCACUUAUUCCGCGUAAUGAUCAUUGGCAACAAAACAACUACCGCUCUUGAAGCCAAGACACUGGCUCAGAGUAGCUUCAACACUUUGCUGCAAGCUGGCCGUUUGUCUGGAACAGCACACCAGACCCAAAAGCUCAACUGGGCUGCUUUCUCUGCACACGGUCCCAUGCAUGCUCGUGUCUCCGUUGACGAGGUCAAGAAUGGGUUCUAUCAGGAUUUAUACAAACUUCAAGGUGCUCGAUGUACAUGGUGGACGGGUGGUGCCUUUUCAGUCAACUUUCAGACGAAACUGUGGGAGUUUGACGAGGGUCUUAUUCCCAAGAUCCUUGAGGGACUCUGA